AUGUCCUUUCUCACGAAGGCCUGCUUUCUGCUCGCCCUAGCGGUCGCUACUGGGCAAGCAAGCAGCGCCCUCGGCGCGUACCCGCCGGACCAGAAUGCCCCCGGUGGCCAGGUCGGCUGGCCGACGGAGCCGACGACGCCCGGCGGCGGCGCAAACGCGGCCCGGCAGCACGAGAGACACCAUCACCACCACCGCCGCCGCCGCCGUCGCUCGCUGAGGGUGAGCGGGGCGCCAGAGACCAAGUGCUGCAGCCCCGACGCCAACUACGCGCAACCCGGGCCCGUGGCUGACGCGGUGGCGUACCUGCGCAACCACUACGGGUCGGCCUGGAACGACGCCGGCUCGUGCGGGCGCGUGAGCUGCUCGUACGGCGCGGCCGUGUACUGGUGCAACGACUCCGGGUCUCUCAAGUCGAUGGACUGGAACGACCUGGCGGACGCGGUCCAGGCCAUCGCCGACGGGUGCGGCAGGUCCGUCGGCAUCUGCGGCUCGAGGGUGUUUACUAGGGGUGUCCGCGUCAUCGUGAGCGGCGACGCGUGCUGA